AGCAAUUUAGUUUAGUUUUCCUUUGUACCUAAUAUUAUAUUACACAUACAGUUUUUCGCUUUAUUCUGUUUUGUUUUAGUUUAUCAUGAAUUUAUCAUGAUGCACAAGAAUGAUAUAAUAUUAUCGUUUUAAUAAAUUUUAAUUGGUUAUGUGCAAGCAGUCCAUCUGCAAAGACGGUUGCUGAAUAUCCUGAAAAAAUCGUCUUUACCGUAGAUACAAACGAAUUCGUCGGACGGAGAUGACGUCGAAUUGCAGUUCAUGAACUUACCGCCGCUGUGCAUUUUGUCUCGUGAAUUUUGCACCGUGAACACGAUUCUUGUUGUAUUUAAAUUAAAUUCAAAGAGAAAGAUACCUACAGCAGUAAACCAUGUUGUCCGAAUCGUCGUACAGUGGCGAAAUGGAAAAACGGCCAUUGCUCUCAUCAAAAAAAAUCUCGGUCCGGCGUUCUCUAUUGGCGAGUUUUCUCGCUUCCGUGAUGUCAUUUGCUUCGGGAACCGUGGUCGGUGGCUGGACGGCUCCGGAACAUCCCGAAACCGUCGGCGAAAAGAUGUUCAUGAUGGAAACCAUGGAGCAAUCGUCGUGGGUCGUAUCCAUAUACCUGAUCGGCGCCCUCUUGGGCGCUCUCCCGGCCGGCGGGUUAUCGCGAACCUUCGGACGCAAGAAGUUUCUUCUGUCGCUUGCGAUUCCUAUGACAGUCGGAUGGCUGUUCAUCAUGUUCUUCGUGGAUAACGUGUAUAUGAUUCUAGUGGGUCGUUUCUUGUGCGGAUUGUCGCUUGGAGCAGUCACGGUGGCGGUGCCGCUUUACAGCUGCGACGUGGCGCCGGACGUGUGCCGCGGCCGCGGUGGCGUGUUCCUCGACUUCAUGCUGUGCGUGGGAAUCCUGUACUCGUACGUGGCUAGCUCCUUGCUGGGCCUUUACGCGUUCGCGUUCACUUGCGCCAUCUUUCCGAUUGUGUUCUGCGUCCUUUUCUGGCGCAUGCCCGAAUCGCCUUUGUACCUGUACAGCCGCGGCCGCUACGUGGACGCCAAAUCGGCCCUCAUAUGGCUGAACGGAGAAGACUUCGACAUUACUGCGGCAUUCGAUGAGUUCGCAAAAUUGCAGACCGAAGACGAUGCACUUCCCAUCGAAAAGAACUUGCAACCCGCUGGAAGAAAGGGAGCUUUCGUGAAGGCGGUUGUCCUGUCAUUGGGAUUGGCUACCGCGCAAAGGUUGUCUGGUGCUGGAGCCAUUAUACAGUACACUGCAAAAUUGUUCAGCAUAGCUGGGUCGUCGGUGGCGCCGAACACAGCAUCGAUAAUAACUGGAAUUUUCCAGCUGCUCGGUUCGGGCAUCACCAUCUUCCUCGUCGACCGGGUGGGCCGCCGAAAACUUCUCCUCGUCUCGUCCUCAGUUGUGGUAGGAUGCUUGGCCAUGUUGACUCUGUACUUCUAUUUCUUGAACAAAGGCAUGUUGGAGAACUCCUUGAAAAUACUACCGAUAAUCAUAGUCUGUACGUACAUCUCAUUCUUCAGGCUCGGAUUGGGACCGAUACCAUGGUUCAUUACUACCGAGCUGAUCGGAGCCGAUCAUUCAAAUCGCGCGCAGUCCUGCAUAGUCUCGUACUCGUGGAUAUUGUCGUUCGUAGUGAUGAAGACGUUUGUCAUGCUGGUCGACGAGUGGCCUGUGGCUUUGUGGCUGGGCUACACAAUCAUAUCGGUUAUUGGGUACCUAUUCAUAUUGUUUUUCAUACCCGAAACCAACAACAAGCAUGCUGAUGAAAUCCGUUUGUCACUAGCAAAAACCUAUCACAUCCAUUCGUCCUGAUUAUUUUGUAUUAAUAAAAAUUUUAAAAAUUUAAAUUAAAUUAAAGUUUUAUAUUUUUGUGAAUUGUAUAAUGUAACGCGUGGUUGUACUUUUAUAUUUUAAAGGUGUGUGCUUCAUUGUAUGUUAACUAUUAUAUUAUAGUUGAAUUAAGUUAUUA